AUGAUUCAACUGUCAGUAAAAACCUCACAAACGUCUGCUGAUGUUGCUGAACAAGUUGAUUAUGAAGAUAUUAAUGAACAGUAUGAAGGACCAGAAGUCCAAGCAUUGACUGAGGAGGAGUAUCUAUUACCAAAAUCUGAUUAUGUUUCUACAAUUGUACCACCUGUUGCCUCAUCUUCAUUGUUUAAUGAUGAAGAUGAAGAAGGGGAAGAAUUACAGAAAGAACUUGAUCGUGUGGAUAAUGUUGACCAAGUUGACCAAGUUCAAAGCCCUUCUGUUGUUAACCUGUAA